AUGGCAGCAGCAGAUUACUAUCAAUCUCCCUCCCCUCAACCCGGCCACCCCUACUCCAACCAACAACCCAUCCACCUCGAACCUCAACAACCAACCUGGACACCCGAACCCCCAAAGUCACCUUGGGAACGUCCGCAACACGUCCAUCAAGCUCCAGAACCUGUGUAUCAAUCCCAACAACAACCGGGCUACUACAACCAAGGUCAAGGGCAAGGACAAGGACCGAAUGGGAAGACGACUGUGGUGGUGGUGAAUCAGGGGAGGAGUAGCAAGGAGGAUGCUGCGUUGGGGUUUUGCGCAGGUUGUACGGCGGCUUGUUGUUGUUGUGGGUGUACGGUGAUGUAA